AUGGAGGGUGGCGCCAUGUCAGCAAUGUACACACAAGUAGACGGUACGGGCAAUCACAUCAAAGUCCUAGACGCGCAAUCGACACUCGUCGAAUGGGCUUUGGCAGCGAUUUCUGCUACCGUCCGGUCUCAUCCAUGCAAUCCAUGCAGCCUCUUUACGGCGUCGCUGGCUCAUGUAUCUGCUACAACGCCAAGGAUGGGAGCGCCAGGCGCCAGUCCACCACUCGCUCACCCAAAAAAGGGGUCGAGACAGAAGCUCCUUCGCGGCGCAGACUCAACAAGAAGCCCAGCCACGAAAAGCGUCUGUCCCGGGUCGACGCGAUUCUGCGCACACGCCGCCCAGCGAUUCCCAUUGGCCGCGCACCAGCAGGGCUCAUCAAGGCAUCGAAGCCGUAGCGGCGGCUGCCUCGAGUCUAACGUCGACAGACGCCCCUCCGGCCCUCCAUCUUGUGCGCCAUGCAGGAAGCCCAGAGGCCUGCGAGCCACAGGAAGCUUCGUCUACGGCCACUUUGGGCCGGCGCUGCAGCCUGCCGCGGCGUGCGGUGUGCUGGCACUGGCACUGGCACGGAGGAAACGAAUCGAAGGCGGGCGAUCUCGCAUUCACUCGAGUGUGUGA